AUGAAUUUCACUAAAAUUACAAUUAUUUUAUUCUUAUGCAUUCUUAUCGCUUCUGGCGUUCUUGCGCAAGACACACCAAAAGCCGCCCCCACAGAUGCAAAAGCUCCGACUCCGAGUGGUGCAGCUGCUCCUCCCAGUGGUGCAGCUCCUCCUCCCAGUGGUGCAAGUCCUGCUCCCACAGAAGCAAAAGCUCCGGCUCCGAGUGGCGCAUCUCCUUCCGGUGGUAGUCCUCCUGCUGGCAAAGAACCUAAAUCAGGAGAAGCUCCCGCAUCUACAUCCACAGGAGCUGCCAAGUCGAUUGCUACUUCAAACGUUCGCGAUAACCAUUUUGAAUUGAUCGUUGGUUCUUUAGUUGCUUUAUUCAUUGGUGGUUUAG